AUGGAGCGAAGCCGAGAGUUUCAGGAGCGGCUUCGGCCAAUCCAAAUUCGACCUGUUCCCUUAACACACAACUUCUAUGAACAAUUUUUAAGGAAAAAUCCUGGAUACAAUGAGAAUAUGGAGACGUCAAGUGCAGCAAGUACCCCAAACACGAGUACGAGCACUUUCCCGAGCGCAAACAAUCUAUCGGCAUCAAGUAAACGGCUAGGACCGAAUUCUGCAACGUCAAAACUAGUCGAAGAGAUUAUUGAAUCGAAUAAGCAGCUCAUUGAAGAGGCUGCAAUGCAGAAAGCCGCAUCAGGGGUCAAUGUAACAACUAAACAAUACAAUAAUCUGAUUCCGUUGUCGUUCGAUCAAGAAGAGUUCCUUCGGAAUCACGAAGCUUCUAUGCCUGCCAAUCGAUCUCGAAAAUUGUAA